ACCGCACCGGGAGCCGGGUGCCGGCACGGUCUCCGUCCCGUUCCAGCGCUUAGGGGCACAGGGAGACUGGUUGGGGGUCGGACGAGCCGAUGGACGGACGGACGGACGGACACUCCCGGGGGGGCCGGGUCCGCGCGGGGCGGACCGGGCCGGGAGGUUGUCCCGGGGGUGUCCGGGGGCGGACCGGGGACCUUGCCUGGGGGCGGGGCGGUGCUGCCCGCCCCGGGGGCGGUGGGGUUCCCGGUGGCGGCUCUGACAGCGGAGCGGUCCCAGAGGGCGGUGGAGGCAGCACCGACCGCCCCCGGCCCGGCCAUGUCGGAGCCCGGCGCACCCCCCGCGGCAGGCGACAAAGCGCCCCGGCUCCAGGACCGUGUCCUGGGUGGGCUGCGCUGGGGCCGCCUCCAGGAGCCCCUGGGCUUCAUCAAGGUGCUGGAAUGGCUCUUCGCCAUCUUCGCCUUCGGGGCCUGCGGCUCCUUCAGCGGUGAGACUGGGGCAACGGUAAACUGCGGUGGCGAAACGAGAGAGAUGAGCGCCAUUUCUGUCCAGUUCGGGUACCCCUUCAGGCUGGCAGAGCCAUCCGCAUUGUCCCCUCCGUUCCCGGACCACCCGACAUCCCUCUCCCACUGUCCCAGGUUAUACCAGAUCCCCUUCGAGAUGCCGGACUGUGAGGGGCAGUCAGAGACCCACACCCUGCACCUCGUCGGCGAUUUCUCCGCUCCCGCUGAAUUUUUCGUGACCCUAGGGGUCUUCUCCUUCCUCUAUGCCAUGGCAGCUUUGGUGCUCUACUUGCGCUUUCAUUCCCUCUACGGCGAAAAUAAGAAGCUCCCCUUCGCGGAUUUCUGUGUCACCAUCUGCUUCGCCUUCUUCUGGCUGGUGGCGGCAGCAGCAUGGGGCAAGGGGCUCACCGACGUGAAGGCAGCCACGCGGCCCGCCAGCCUCAUCGCCGCCAUGGGGGUUUGCCAGGGCCAGGAGGUGGUCUGCAACGCCGGCACCACGCCGGCCAUGGGGCUGGCCAACAUCUCCGUGCUCUUUGGCUUCAUCAACUUUCUGCUGUGGGCCGGGAACUGCUGGUUCGUGCUGAAGGAGACGUCGUGGCAGGCGCAGGCUGCGCCCCGCGACAGCGCCGCCGAGCAGGGUGCCAUCGACAAGCAGUAGCCGCAACCGGGGGGGUCCCACCUGUCCCCCGGGACCUCGCGCCGGCCGCCAGCCCGGGGACGGGGUGUCACUGGCCCCAGGGUUGGAGACGCGGGGCAGGGGGGUAUGGAUGCUGUAGGGGGGGAUGCGUAAUCCCAGGCAGGGCGCAUUAACCGCUGCUGCCCGGCUGUAUAUAGGGGUCUGCGUAACCCUGGGUGUCCCGUUCUGUAUGGGGGGCUCUAUGUGUAACCCCGGGGCGUCCACGUCUGUUCGGGGACAUAUAAAAGUCCUGGGUACCGGCUCUAUAUAGGGGUAUA